AAACAGGAAGAGGAGACACUGCUAACGUCUGACUGUGAAGUAAGUUCCUCGGUUCUUUUCUGUCAUGGUCAAAGCGAAGGCCAAACCUGGGCCUCUGGCUCGGAGGCCGGACAACUCGGCUUUCAAACAGCAGCGGCUCCCGGCCUGGUCGCCCAUGCUGACCGCCCACACUGUGCUGCCCUUCUUCUACAUCCUGGCUCUGAUCUGUUUGCUGCUGGGAGUGUGGCUGCUGCUCACGGUGCAGAGCACACAGGAAAUGAAGCUGUUCUACACGGAGGCGAAAACUUGUGCUGAAUGUUUUGAAAAGCGUGAAAAUGUGUCGUUGGCUGCGGAGGAGUGUCGCUGCACUGUGACGUUCCUCAUUGAGAAAGCGUUCAAGGGAGAUGUAUUUUUUUACUAUGGCCUUAAAAACUUCCACCAGAACCUCAGGAGGUACAUGGACUCCAGAGAUGAUGGACAGAUGGUCGGCAGGAAGUCGAAUCUGAAGAAUCCUAGUCUCUACUGCUCUCCAUUCAGUCAAGACCAGAAUGGACUUCCUGUUGCUCCCUGUGGUGCCGUGGCCAACAGUAUAUUCAAUGAUUCAUUCACCUUCACCUACCACAAAUCUGCCAGCCAGAAUAUCCCGGUCCCACUGCUGCGUAAUGGCAUCACCUGGUACACUGACAAAAACAUCAAGUUCCGCAACCCCAGAAUGGGAAACUUGACGCUCGAUCAAGUCUUUGAAGGUACUACGCAUCCACCGUACUGGCAGAAACCAGUGAAUGAGCUGGAUCCAGAUGAUCCAACCAACAAUGGAUUCAUCAACGAUGAUCUAAUUGUGUGGAUGAGAGAAGCAGCCUUCCCCAACUUUAAGAAGCUCUACGGUGUUUUAUGUCGAGACAACAAACCUUUUACCAAAGGGCUUCCUGCAGGAAACUACAGCAUCGAGAUUACCUACAACUUCCCAGCGCAGCGUUUCCAGGGCAGGAAGCAGGUAGUGCUGACCACGCUGACCUGGUUUGGAGGUCAGAACCAUUUCCUGCCCAUUGCCUACUUAGUGACCAGUGGUCUGGUCCUGCUGACAGCAGUGGUUCUCACGGUGGUGUGGUUCAAGUUUGGAAAGGGUGGACAGAACAUGGUGGAGUGAAGGGGGAAGAGGGAGAGGUUUUUAAAGCAGCUGGAAAUAGAUGGUUGUUGGUUCCAUACCUGCAGUGCACUGAGUUAAAUCAGCAGACUUUGUUUUUGGACUCCGUUCUCGUUAGAACAGAUGUGACUUGUGUUGGUUUGAAUAUAUCUGUAUUUUUUUGACAGUUUGUGGAGUUUUUUGUUUUUGUUAUUUUAAUGUGUGCAGUUAAUAUUUAUAAAGCCUCAAACUGCUGUAAUGUUGGAGUCGAUGUACAGAAAAUCAAUGUUAUGAAAGGUACAGUGAGAGUCACAGGAAGGAUUUUUAGC